GGUAGUUCCAGUAAUCGAUAGUUCUGUUUAAUGCUGUCAAUGUGAGUUAACCUCAGAAAUGGGCAAAAACCACCGACACGCUAAAAAACUAAAAUCGGAAAAAAGUAAAGUCCACAUUAAAACCAAAACAAAAUUUUUGCCCAAAGGCCAAAAUGUGACCAACACUGCGUUCAAAAUCCGGCCGAUAGUGUUACAAGAACAGCUCAAAGAAAGACAAGCUGAGGGAUUACUGGGCAAAAAGAAGGCAAACAUCGAUGAGCUUAUCUCAAAACUCAAACACUACAACGAGGCGGUAAAAGUGGAAGCUUGUGUCGAUUUAAAAGAGGCGAUAGUUUCGCAUCCUUUGGACGCAACACAAAUUUACUUGUCUCUCAUUUCGCAAAAUGCAAGUGCUUUAAUACAGGACAGGGAACGUAAAGUGCGCCGAAGCGCAAUAAAACUACUACAUGCAAUUGUUGAAAAAGUGUCCACAGCCACCAUUCGACCUUUCUUCAAUUAUUUUCUAACAAACUUAAAAUGCGCAAUGACAAAUAUUAACAAACACAUCCAGGAAGACUCCCUUCUUCUACUCGACGCGCUUUUAGAACACCAAAAUCUCCUAAUUGCCGAAAAUUUCGAUACGAUUUUUCCGACUUUUCUCACCCUGAUAUCGAAAUCGAAAAAUAAUUUGGGCACGGAGAGGAGUCUCAGUUUGAAUCUGGAAGGCAAAGUGUCGAGUGUCAAGUGGAGAAUUAAAGUCCUGACACGGCUUUAUGGCAUUUUGAAUGCUUUGACGCAAACUAAAACCAUAAAAAAUCUGGAUAAAAAUGAGGAAAUUUUUAUUGAAGCUAAAGGCAAUCCGUUUAUUCCACUGUAUAAAAAAAUUGUUAACCAGGUUCGUGUGGGUGGUAGGACUGAUGCAGUGAGUCAGGAGUUUGACACACAAAUUGCCAAUUUGACGCAACUCUUGCACGAAAUUUGGAUCGAGGUUGUGCCCGAAAAAACAAAGAAAAGUGGGGGAGAACCAUUACUUCUGGCCUCUGAAGAAUCCGUUGCUGUUUUCAGUUGCAUUGUAAAUAUUUUACACUUAUUGUACGAAUAUUUACAACUGUCUGGAAAUGUUGAGCUUUUCUCCAAUAACAAAUCGGUAAUAUUCCUUGACCAUCUCCUGUGUAAUUUCCCCUACAUCCACAACAGAAAAAAUAAUUUCGAAAUUAUUAAAGACUUUUCACGAUCUUUCGUCCUGAAUUACGACCAAAACUGUACUGAAGAAAAUUUGAUUGUUAUUUACGUUUUCCUAACUUUAAGAAUCAACCUAAAUGCGAGGAAUAAGCCCAAGACAAGCCACAUUUCAACAUAUCUUAAUAACUGUCUCAAAUCUCCUCGAAAUUUCUCGCCCAAAUCAUACACAUAUUUAGUUAAAAUUCUGAAAGAACUGUUCAUGAAACCGGUCAACAUGUGCCAAAGGCUGGGAAUAGCUGAAGCUGAAAUUAUGGAAAACGUGGUCGCGUUUUACACCAGUCGAAAAAUCCCAGAUUUUCAUAAAAGUGAUCUUUUGGAAGUACUGACGUGCCCAAGAUUUGAAAAAUACCAACUGUGGACUGAAAAACUACCCGAUUUCCUUUGCGCAAAUCAAGUUUCUGUGAAACUAGUCGAUGCUGUUUUAAAUUUAUGUAUGAAAGGACAAAGUUCGGUGCAAGAUGGUGUGACGAAGUCGGUAAAACAGAUUUUAGGGAACUUGCGGACAAUGGAAAUAACGGAAGCCACAAAUGUUGAAAAUGCACGAAAAAAAUUUGUUUGCAUUUUUUUCUACUUACCUAACCUGAGUGAUGAAGAUUUGGGCGAAAUUAAUGAUUUCGUAAAAUCAAACCCUGAUUGUGCUUAUUCGAAAUAUUUUGAGAAUGUGUUAGAAUUGUCAGGUAGGGUUGUUUGAAUUAAUAAAGUUUUGUUCUUGAUUUA